AUGACCGAAAUCGGCGAUGCAGGGGGCCAACCCUUCCCCAACCCCAUGUCCGACACUACGCAGGAAGUCCAUUGGAAGCACCGCGCCCCUUACCAGCUGCGAUCCGCCGAGGACUUCGGCCACGUCAAGUGGCACGGGAAAUGCCAGUGCGGACAGGUGCGAUUCAAGCUGAAUCGGGAUCGACCGCUCAAGGCAAAAUACUGCCACUGUCACAACUGCCAGUUGCUCCACGGCGCGCCCUUCCAAUGGGCGGCCAUCUUCCAUAAAACGGACAUUGCGUUCGUCAACGGUGCGGAGGGGCUGGCCUUUUACUCCUCGGGUGAUCGCACGAGAGAGUAUCAGACGCCGACGAAGCUGAGUUGUUCGUAUUGUCACACGCCGCUUAUGGACGAGGGGCGGAAUAUGUGCAUGGUGUUUCCGACGACGAUCGAGCAUGGGUCAUCGGAUCAGGAGGUGGAGGAGUGGCGAAAGGCGUUUGAAAUCGACUGUCAUAUCUUCUACAGCGCGCGGGCCGUCGAUGUGCCGGAUGGGAAACCCAAAUGGACGGGGUUGGACGGUCAGAGCGAUCAAGUGGACUAA